AUGUCCCCCGCGCUCUCCACCUCCCCCGCCUCGCGCAUCCGUCACCUAACCCCCAGCCCCCGUCUCCAUCUCCAAUUCUUCCGCCACACUCCCACUACUUCUCGCACCCAAGCAUCCUCCGUCCAACGAGCCGCCUCUUCUCUUCCACGUCGUCGCUCCUACUCCACCAGUACCGCCUACCGUACACCUUGGACAGGUCGUCCCGCGUCCGAAAACGCCGGCACGGAUGAGCAGACGGAGAAACAUAAUGUGCAACAUGAUCAGUCGCAGAAGAGUAAGGAGGAGAGAGCAAAGGGCGAUAGUGGCAGUGCGGGAUUAGAGGAGAAAUCCAGUGGACAGAGUAAGGAGGAGAAGAAGAAGGUCCAGAUUGAGUUUCCAAAGGGGGCAAAGAUGGGUCCGGUCAUUGGGAUGGAGGAUGAGAGGGGUGGAAAAGGUUCAUAA